UUAAAGACGCUAGAUGGCGGGUUGGUACUUCAUUGAUACUGCUCAAGCUCACGAAUGACAAGGCAUGGAAGUGAUUGGGGAUUUUUAUGCGUAUCAGACAUCUAUAUAGCUGGUUAAAAUAUCGAUUGGCGGUUAGUUUAACACGAUGUCUCAGUAUGUGGCACCGAUUCUUGUGUUAAAUCUCGGCUCAGAAAUGAUAUUCGUGAUUGCUCAACGACUGCAAGCUCAAAAUAUACCUCAUGAACGGGCCACACUAGUUUUGGAAGAAAUCAUAUCUGUUUUGAUAUCAAAACCGCUCAUAGUAGACCUGAUGAAACCUCAGACAACUCACGACCACAACAGCGUGCGUGCGAUAAUAGAGGACGUCACGCAAUCAUCAGCGAUGAGACUGGACCCCAUAAGUAUGGGGAAGCUAUGGGAUCUCAUAACCAUGGUGUUUAAAUGGCAAGUGUCCAUGUCUGACAAUUUAAUAGGAAUCACUUUAAGACAUCUCUAUGAAAUAGAGAGCUACAUCAUCAAUCCAGAUACUCAUCAGCAACUGCUCAGGGUCCAAAAUUUGGUUGAAAACUUCAAUAAGAUUUUGGAUCAAAAGGAAAAAACUGCCCUGCAUGAAGAUGUACUUUUUUGGCUCAAGAAUUAUAAUGUUAGGGUUUCUCUCCUGCUGAGAAUGGGGUUGCAGAAUAUGGACGGGAAUUUUGUAGUUAACAAUCUAGAUCCUAUUGCUGAAGAAAUGCUUAGGAAUUUGGGUAAGUAA